AUGAAGGUCCGGAUCCGCUGCGCUCCGCGCUGCCGCCCUGCUCCCGCCCUGUUCCCGGGACUCAGAGAUCCCGAGGAUGAUGACCAGAAGGUGAAGACACAGAGGCCCCGGUCCGCUGAUCAGCCGGCCGUCUUUCAGGCUCAGACUGGAGACCCCGCGGCAGAAGAGUGGUCCCAGUGGAGUGUGUGCUCUUUGACUUGUGGUCAGGGCAUGCAGGUGAGGACGCGCUCCUGUGUCUCCUCUCCAUACGGCACCCUCUGCAGCGGCCCAUUGAGGGAGACCCGGCUCUGCAACAACACUGCCACCUGCCCAGGUAACCACAACACUCCCACUGCCACCUGCCCAGUGGAGGGGCAGUGGCUGGAGUGGGGGCCCUGGGGCCACUGCUCUGUCACGUGCUCCAGGGGCACGCAGCAGCGCACGCGGAGGUGCAGCGUCUCCGUCCACGGCUGGGCGGAGUGCAAGGGGCCCCACACGGAGACGCGGGCGUGCUCCAGAGCGGACUGCGCAGCUACCCACGAGAUGUGCAGGAAUGAAUACCUUGUGUCCAUGACCUGGAAGAGAACUGCUGCUGGAGAAACUGUUUACAACAAGUGUCCAUCAAACGCAACUGGGUCUGCUAGUCGUCAAUGUUUGCUGGACACUAAUGGAGUUGCUUACUGGGGUCCUCCGAGCUUCGCCCGAUGCAUCUCACUCGAGUACAAAAAUUUACAUAUAUCACUUCGAGAGCAUCUUGCGAAGGGUCAGAGGAUCCUGGCAGGAGAGGGCAUGUCUCAGAUCGUGAGGAGUCUCCUAGAGUUAAUGUCCCGGAAAAGCUAUUACAGCGGUGACCUGUUAUUCUCCGUGGAGAUUCUCCGAAAUGUGACAGACACCUUCAAACGAGCAACCUACAUUCCAGCUCCUGACGACGUGCAGAAAUUCUUCCAGAUAGUCAGUUACAUGUUGGACAUUGAAAACCAGGACAAGUGGGUUGAUGCACAGCAGGCCUCUCCCGGCUCUGUGCACCUCAUGCGCGUUGUGGAAGAUUUCAUCCACCUCAUAGGGGAAGCACAGAAGGCAUUCCAGAGCUCCCUGUUUGUCACAGAUAACCUGAUGGUCACUAUCCAGCGCGAGCCCGUGUCCGCUGUCUCCAGCGAUAUCAACUUCCCCAUGAAGGGCCGGCGCGGGAUGAAGGACUGGGCCCGGAACUCCGAGGACAAGCUGUUCAUUCCCAAGGAGGUCUUCACGAUCUCUUCCGAAGAGCCAGAAGACGCCACUUACUUUGUGAUCGGGGCGGUCCUGUAUCGUACCCUUGGAUUCAUCCUUCCUCCACCCAGGAGCCCCCAGGUCAUCAGCUCCAAGAUCCUGACGGUGACAGUGCGGCCGCUGCCCAGCCUCUCUGAGCCCAUGGUCGUGGUGGAACUCUCGCCUGUCCUCAACGGCACCUCUGACCCGCUGUGCGUCGUGUGGGACGACUCCAGCCCAGAGGUUGGCACGGAAAACUGGGACACAGAGGGCUGCCAAACGCUCCAAUCUCAGUCUGUCCACACCAAAUGUCUCUGCAAGAAGAUCUCCACCUUCGCAGUGUUAGCUCAGCAGCCUAAAGAUCUGGAAAUGGGUCCGUCCGGAGUGCCAUCAGUCCCCCUCAUGAUAGGCUGUGCCAUCUCGUGCAUGGCUCUCUUCACACUGCUGGCCAUCUAUGCGGCCUUCUGGAGGUAUAUAAGGUCAGAGCGAUCCAUCAUCCUCCUUAACUUCUGCCUCUCCAUCCUGGCCUCCAACAUCCUCAUCCUGGUGGGUCAGUCACAGACCCUCAGCAAGGGCCUGUGCACCAUGACUGCUGCCUUUCUGCACUUCUUCUUCCUGUCGUCGUUCUGUUGGGUGCUGACGGAGGCGUGGCAGUCUUACCUGGCUGUGAUUGGCAAGAUCAGGACACGCCUCAUUCGCAAGCGCUUUCUGUGCCUGGGCUGGGGUCUGCCAGCAUUAGUGGUAGCUGUAUCUGUGGGCUUCACACGAGCCAGGGGAUAUGGAACGGCGAGCUACUGCUGGCUGUCCCUGGAGGGGGGCCUGCUGUAUGCAUUUGUGGGUCCGGCAGCUGUCAUUGUGCUGGUCAACAUGCUGAUCGGCAUCGUGGUUUUCAACAAGCUGAUGUCCAGAGAUGGGAUUUCAGAUAAGUCCAAAAAGCAGCGAGCCGGCCAGGCGAAUGAGCCGCGUAGCAGACUGCUUCUCAAAUGUUCCAAGUGUGGGGUGAUCUCGAGCACAGCUCUGUCCACCUCCACCGCCAGCAGUGCCAUGGCGUCGCUCUGGAGCUCGUGCGUAGUGCUCCCCCUGCUGGCUCUCACCUGGAUGUCCGCGGUUCUGGCCAUGACGGACCGGCGCUCCAUCCUCUUCCAGGUGCUCUUUGCCGUCUUCGAUUCCGUCCAGGGCUGCGUCAUCAUCACUGUUCACUGCGCGCUGCGCCGAGAGGUCCAGGAUGUCGUGCGGUGCAGAAUGGGGAUCUGUAAAGGAGACGACAGCGAAAACUCCCCAGACUCCUGCAAGAACGGCCAGGUGCAGAUCAUGACAGACUUUGAAAAAGAUGUGGACCUGGCUUGCCAAACAGAAAGAGAGAGUCCUGUCAUCUUUAAAGAGGUGAACACCUGCAACCCCGCGACCAUCACUGGCACGCUGUCCCGCAUCUCCCUGGACGACGAGGACGACCUCAAGCUCAACGCCAACCUGGAGGGCAUGAACUUCGCCAGCCUGCCUGGCAACAUCCCCCCGUCCAGCCUGCUGGUGCCGCCGGUGAGUGGGCUGAACGAGCUGGGCGAGCCGCCGCUGAAGAAAGACGUCAACCUGGAGCAGCAGCAUCAGCAGCAGCACACGGGGCCGGUGUACCUGUGCACGGACAGCGGCCUGCGCUCCGUGGAGCUCGGCUGGGCCCAGCCGCGCGAGCCCGGCGCCGAGGGCGACUACAUGGUGCUGCCACGGCGCCACGCCAGCCUCCGGCCCCAGGGCAAGCCGCUCAACAUCGCCGUGGACGACGCGCCCUUCCCGCCGCCCCCGCCGCCCCUCGGCCUCCACCCCGCUGAGCCGGAGAGCUACCCCAACUUCGUGUCGGUGGACCACAUCGACGUGAACCUGAACCAGCCCUACGGCACACUCAAGCACCCCCAGGGGCUGCAGCUGAAGCCGCACCCCUCGGUGCGCCAGAUCCUGGCCUCCGAGCUGGGCGACCGGAGCAGGACCAUGCCGCGCAACAUGGGCGGCUCCACUCUGUCGGUGGGGUCUCUGGAAAGGAAAAGAGUACGAUAUUCUGACUUGGAUUUCGAGAAGGUGAUGCACACUCGGAAGCGCCACUCGGAGCUGUACCACGAGCUCAACCACAAGUUCCACACCAUCGACAGGUACAGGGAGCCGUCCGCCGCCUGCAAGAGGGAAAAGCGAUGGAGCAUUUCGUCAGCCGGAGGUGAAAAGAACUCUUCGAGUGACAAGUCCACCCCUGAUGACCAGUCCUGGGACAGUUUCAAAGCGAUGACCCUCACCCCCGCCCCAUCCACACAGAAAGACAAACUGGAAAUGCACAGCAAGGCCUGGAGCAAGACCUCCAGCCACACCCCAGACUCCUCAGAGGGAGACUUCCAGACCGAGGUCUGAGACCCUGUCUUGAAACCGCCACGCCUGCAGCUGGGAACGAGGGAGCUGAAGGGCGAAGUCAGCGCCGUCGCAGAUGGAAGAGCAAUCCCGCGCACGUUGUUCCUGCAGACAGGACGGGAAGAUGAGGGCAGACUGAGCUCUGCACUUUUGCACUGACUGCCACUUCGACAGGAGGGAGGGGGGUAGGGGUAGGGGAGGGGGACAGGGAGACAGGCUUUUUAAACAUGGUUUUCUGAAAAACGUCUUGAUUUUCUUCCGGAGGAUUCCCUUCACCGGUUUCACACACAAGAAUGGGAGAACUGCAGUUUUUUUAGACAUUUUCUCACUGAUGUUGCACAUGUCUUAAGCCAUUUAGAGUUUCGUUUGGCUCCUUUCCUUCCUAGGGGGCGACCCGAGUGUUCCCUUUGAGAAUUCGUUAACAAACCGGUCCCAGUCGCUGCGCUCCGCCGCCCCAGGAGCACGGCUUCACUCUCCUCUUGCUCUCCUCUCGCAUCGCCCAGAGAUUCUUCUCUUUGUUUUGAAGUUGGGGGAGGGGGGAGGGGGGGGCUCUUUUUAGUUUUUCGAACUUGGAAUUAAACCUCAGCCAGUGUUGUGGCUGCUUCGACCUUGGUUUGGCCUUUUUUCAAUGUUGGAAUAAUCAUUAUAUUUCUGUUUGUUCCUUCUUUUGUUCACACUGAGAAGCAUUUGGAAACCAGCCUGCAUUCCUCUGAAUUGAAGCCCCUAAGAGCAGUUUCCCCUCAUGUGUGUGCUGCAGAUUUCGGCACAGUUCUUUGGGCUCGAAAGUUACCUGUCCACUCCGCGGGUGAGAAAGCAAUCACAAUGCCCACGUUGUGGCAGAGGCCCUUGGCAGAGGUGUCCCACGUCCACCACGGAAGACCAGUCGAGCUGCUGUCGUCCUGGACACCCCGCCUGGCAGGAGCCCGACCGGCCCCUCACAGAUACUCCGCCGUCCUGUUCAGAAGCCUACUGUUGGGCGACGUCUGUGUUUCUACCGAGUGAUUAACGCCGUGAGCAAGUGGCUCUAAAAUAUCACUAGGCAGGCCCUAUACAGUACACCCCAUUUAAAUUGUCACCCAUGUUAUUUAAGAUACUGAGCUGAGAUCAGCCUCAAGUUCGUAAUAGAGUUGUAUGAAAAGCUCGCCAAUGGGACCAGAAUGAAUUACCUUGAAAGUUUACUAGUUUAUUGAAAUGCAAUGGUAUACAGGGUUUUUUAUGGUCUCAUAGUCUUUUCCACCACCCCCUGCUGCAGCAACAGAAAAACACACAAUACACAACACACACAAUACACACGUUGGGCUUUGAGAGAACCACUGGGAAAUGAAUAACACUGGCGUUAGGCAGCUUACUUGUCAGAUUUUAGCUAACAGAAUUCAGAAAGCCACUGGAAUCCAGGCAGUUAAUUAGGACCCCGCAGGCAAGAAGUAAAAUAGGAGAUCGCCAUGGGCAGAGCAGCUCUGUCGCUCGGCCCCACUCCCAGCAGAGCCUGCCAGGGAUGAUGGAGGUAAGUAUGUCCUGAGCAGCACAGAACCCUGACAGAAACAUUUGUUUUACUUCUUUCUUCCCAUCCUUUGCAGUUUUUAAAAUGCCAUCCCACUUGAGUGCUUCUAUACGCAUUUAUUGCCUGAUUUCUUUUAACUUGUUCUCUUACUUGUGCAAGUUUUCGUAUUAAUAGUAGUGCGUUAGCUUCCCCGCUUGGCUGAUCCGCUGCUGGAGCGCAGAAACUCUGAUACCUAUCUGCUCGUGAGCACCAGGCCCUUCAGGGGAGUGUUCCUGUCUCUGACGAGCGUCCUGCGUGUCUCAUCUUUGCCUGGGGUGGCUCUGUGGCGGAGCAGGACAGAUCAGGCGAUCCGCAGGCUCAUUCCAACAUUGUGACGCAGACUCUGGGCCCGUUUCAUGACAGAGGUGGACUCCUGAAGCACCGAUGGACUAAAGCUCCCUGGAACCAGGAGAAUGGGCCUUUAUACCGACUGAAACCCAUCCAGCAUUUCCACAGCCCCACCCCUGCGCUGAGGUACGUCAGCCUGCCUUACGAGCUGCACUCCACCCCCGUGCACACUGUGGACUGCGAGCUAACAAGAAGCAGCUUUGAAGAGCACUGGGGACUGUUGUGCUCUUAACCUGCACACUUCUGCCAUUCUGAAAAUCCUGAAAAUCCUUCACAAGCAACCCAACCGUUCAUGUCCUGUAGGACAUAUCCAGUUAGACGAGUAGACAUACUGUACAGUACAUUGCUGCAGCUGACAGCCUAACCCAAGCAUUGGCUCUUCACUCUCUAGGGGACUUGAAAUCCUCCCCCUGUUUGUUUUUCCUAUUGCUUUUCCACAGGACCUCAACCUCAUCCCAUCUGAAACUCCUGAUCCCCGUCUGUCACAGCCAGCUUGCUUCUGAGGAGCCUGACACUAUAACUUCCUGUGAAAACCUUUUUAUCUGUCUGUCCUUUUUUACACAAACCUGUAUGAGUAGUGUUUUAUUGUUUUCAUAUAGUAUUUUUAUGAGAAUAAAAAAAUUUUCUGCACUGUCA